CAUAAACACUACAAACUAUAGUACUUUUUAAAGAACUGUUAUUUUCACAACCUACUCUAAAGUCGGUUGUGCUAAUAGUAAUUUAGUGUGAAUUUUAACGGAUAAUUAACAAAAUUUGAAUAUGAAAAUGUAUUCAUAAUUCAACAUCUGUGUAAUAAAUUCAUAAAUUAUAAUACAACUUGAUUGUAUAGAUAUAUAUAAUAUCUUUAAUUUGACGAUAUUGAAAAUGAUGAAUUCACCAAUGUCUCCACAAACUCCUUUGAGCUUUGAAUUAAGAACAAUUAUAAACAAUAGAAAUGUUUUGAGCAUGAGGAGCCGUAUGAAAGUUCUUAACAGUUUAAAUGAAAGUAAUCAAAGAUGUUUCGAAGAAAAGGAAAAAAAUUUGAGGUGCCAAGCUAUUCAAGAAAUUUUAACAACAGAAGUUACUUAUUUACGACAAUUAGAAAUAUUAAUGGAGUACUUCAUAGAACCUAUGUUUAAAAAAAAAUUAUUGGAUCACAUUUUGCUUUCAACACUAUCAGAAAAUAUAAAAACAUUAUACAAUGUUAGUGGAGAAUUAGUAAAAGAAUUAAAAGAAGAUCCAGAGAAUAUAGCUGGUGCAUUUCAUAAACUCGCUCCAUUUUUUAAGUUAUAUUCAGUUUAUGCUUACGAUUAUGAGCAAGUUUUGUCCUUGAUACAGACAAAACAAGAAAGUAACUUCAUAUUUAAAGAUUUUAUUAGUAAACAAGAAUCAAGACCUGAAGUUAGUAGAAAAUUACCUUCAUUAUUAAUUACACCAAUACAAAGAGUACCUAGAUAUAGAUUGCUUUUACAAGAAGUCUUGCAACAUACACCUCAUAAACAUAAAGAAUAUAAUCUUCUGCAAGUGUGUUUAGUAGAAGUUGAGAAAGCAGCAAGGCACAUAAAUACUUUAGUUGAACAACAUGAAGAAGUACAAAAAUUAUUGAAGCUACAAAAAUGUAUUGUGAAUCCAAUUAAUUUGGUGAAACCUGGUAGAAGGUUUAUUAAACAGGGAGCAUUAAUGAGAGUUUCAAGACGAGGAAAUUCUGCUUAUAGAAGAUAUUUUGUUCUUCUAAGUGAUACUUUACUGUAUUGCAAAGGCGAUCCAGAAAAUUCAUUAACUUUAUGUUGUGUUUUACCCUUGAAUAAAUGCAAGGUUGAAUGUGUUCUAAGUGGUGGACUGUUUCGUGUUUCAUGUUUAAAUGAGACACUCUUACUUUAUUCUGAGAAAGAUGAUAGCAAUUUAUGGAUGGAAGCAAUAGAAAAUUCCAUAAAAAAGUAUGCAGAGUGUAGACAGACUUUACGAAAGGAUAGCAGUUCAAGGAAACCAUUAAGACAUAAUAAUCUUAAUCUGUUUCCAUCUGAAAAUAUACCAGUAGUUGCUGGUAAAAGAAAAAGACCAGAUGGAGAAACGGAGGUUAAUCUGGAUGCAUCAAGAAUUAUGUAUCUUAAAAAAGACAAUGAAGCAGAUGCGGACAUACAAUCGGACAGUAAUUGCUUCAUAUUAUUGAAAAGAUUUAAAAAAUUUAAAAAUAAUAAUAUUUCUGAAUAUAGUAAUUCUUGCAUACAAAACUUUGAUUAUAAUAGUACAGGUAAAGAAAAUGAACACUGUACAGAAAACAUAGCAUUACGUUUAUCUCCCGUUUCUUCUUCAACCUAUGAUCAACAAACUUCAUCAACGUUCAAAUCCAUCGGUGAAUUUUUCUCAUCUAUCGGGUCAUCUUUAAAAGAAUUCUUUAAAUUUAGAUAACACAGUUUGUAAUAAUAAAAUAAAUUAUGUAAUG